UCAAUACACAUUUCCAAACAGCUGUUGUAAAUAGACGAAUGACAUACUGCUAGCUAGUCUUUGAUACCGGCAACAAGCAUAUAUAUUUUUCAAGAUUUUACUACUUUCGUUAUCCAUUACAGGUGUUUGCCUCCUAACAAUUGACUAAACGAAAGUUACCGGCAGGCAGACCUGAAUUUAAACUGCCACCGCCUCAGCGCUCUUUGGAACAUCAAAACGUGAUGCAUUUAACGUUAGCUAGCUAACGUAGCAAAUUGGUACUAACGAGUUAACGUUAGCAGGCUACUAGUAGCAAGGUAACGUUACGACUUGGACCAAGGGGAAUUGAGCAGUUAGCUAACAGUCUAGCUCCCUAACUUAUUGUUAUCAAUCUGGACAGCUGACCAGACCGCUAACUAGUUUACACCAGCUUUGCUGGAGAAGUCGGCCCACGCAAAGAUAGCUGGGCAGUCGCGCCCACUUAACAUUAGCUCGGUAGCUAACUAACGUUGAUGCGCCUAUCUCCCGCCUGUCCGCUGGUCAGACCGGGGAGAUUGCCUUGUCACGGAGUUUCGUUGUGGCCGAUGCCACCGGCCCCGUUUGCCGAGGGAAGCAAAGCACCAGUUCUUGGAAAGUCGAAGGGUAAACCACAACGCUAUAGCUAAGGUUAGCUAUCCUACUCCAACCCGAACGGGACCGUGGCUGUGUAUGUAGUGACAGCUCUGUAUUUGAUUGUAGUUAGCUAGCCAGCUAACCCUUUGCCAGGGCUGUUGGACCAGUCUUAUAGAGCGAUGGGGGAGUUAAAUAAAGAGGUUGUGGAUCUAGUUUGGAAAAGACCAGGCAGCAACGGGGUGUCUGCUUCACUCUUCCGGAGAUGGACCCAAGGGUUGGUCUUCAGUGAGACAGAACACACAGCACUGGAGCAGUUUGAAGGAGGACCCUGCGCUGUCAUUGCUCCUAUACAGGCCUUCCUUCUGAAGAACAUCUUGUUUAACAGAGAGAGUUCUAACUGGAGACAUAUCACAGAGGAGGAGCAGAAAGCGGCCCUGUGUUCUACUCUGGCUGAGAUCCUGGAACAGGCCUGCUCUACUUCCUCCACUACCUCCUUCUGCCUGGUGACCUGGGCCAAAGGACAGUGCCCCCACACUACCACUCAUACACCCCUCACAGGGGGUCCAGAGACCAGCCAGACCCCGCAAGACCAGCAACCCACUGCUUUGGCUGAUGAGGAUCUUGGCUUUGAGCGGUUUCACAGCAUCCUCCAGAAGCGUAUUGUGAAGUCAUUAUCAGAGCUUAGAGAGGAGGUGGUGUCUCUCUACGAAACCUGGAAAGGGCGCUGUGGAGUCCUGUUCUUCCUCUACUCUGUCAUUCUCACCAAGGGGAUAGUUAACAUCAGGAAUGAGAUUGAAGAUACUACAGAGCCUCUUGUAGAUCCAGUCUAUGGCCACGGCAGUCAGAGUCUGGUUAACCUGUUAGUGACGGGCCAUGCUGUCUCUAAUGUGUGGGAUGGAGACAGGGAGUGCUCUGGCAUGAAGCUCCAUGGUAUCCACAACCAGACAUCCGUGGGCUUCCUCACUCUCAUGGAGUCACUACGCUACUGCAAGGUGGGUGCGUUCCUGAAGUCUCCUAAGUUCCCUAUAUGGAUCCUUGGCAGUGAGACUCAUCUCUCAGUGUUCUUCGCCAAGGAGAUGUGUCUGGUGGCUCCUGAGUCUCCAUCUGAACAGGCCAGGAGAGUCUUCCAAACCUUCGACCCAGAAGAUAACGGCUUUAUUCCAGACUCUCUGUUGGAGGAGGUGAUGAAGGCACUAGACCUCGUCUCAGAACCUGAAUACUAUGUGAGUCUGAUGAAGAGUAAGUUGGAUCCAGAGGGCUUGGGGAUCGUGCUGCUGGCUCCGUUCCUCCUGGAGUUCUUCCCUGAUCAGACAGGGACUCUGUGGCAGGGAACCAUGGCUGAAGAGUGGGAGAGCGAGAGGCAAAGAGAAAGAAAGGAUACUGGAAUCCCAGACUCCUUCCCUGUCUACCACUACAAUGGCCUGAAACAGUCCAACCACAACGAGAGGGUGGAGUAUGUGCAGGGUUCAGCCCUGGUCCUGGGCUUGGAGGACCCCAUGGUGAGGACAGAUGACACUCCAGUGAAGCGCUGCCUCCAGACCAAGUGGCCCUACAUAGAACUGCUGUGGAAUACUGACCGCUCCCCUUCACUUAACUAACUCGCUGCUAGGGUGGUAGAGGACUGACUGAUCUCUACAGGAAAGAAGACCACAAAGACUGAGACACACAGUACAUGUACACUGCUGCACACACACACAGCAAUUUGCUCACUGUCCUGGGCAGGACAAAAACACAGAACAUAUGCCAUUACACACACCCUUGACAUACAGACACACUUGUUUACUGUUUAAUGCUGUUGUGUUUUACAGGACUGUAAAUGAAGUCACAGGAUGUUUUUGGUUUGUUGUAAAAAUCUGAAUGAAUUAUUAUUGUCACCCUGUAGAUGACUGUUUUAUACUCUGGGAUAUAUGCACCUAAUAAGAACUACAUGUAAAGGAAACAGCUGACCACGUUGGAUGUAAACCUGUAACUGACUGACUGGAGCUAUGCUUCUGUAACACCCAGCUUUCUGACUGUUAAAGAGAUAAACAACCAAAGCUUUCCGCAAGACAAAUAUACAGUGGGGCAAAAGAGUAUUUAGUCAGCCACCAAUUGUGCAAGUUCUCCAACUUAAAAAGAUGAGAGAGGCCUGUAAUUUUCAUCAUAGGUACACUUCAACUAUGACAGACAAAAUGAGGAAGAAAAUUCAGAAAAUCACAUUGUAGGAUUUUUAAUGAAUUUAUUUGCAAAUUAUGGUGGAAAAUAAGUAUUUGGUCAAUAACAAAAGUUUGCUCAAUACUUUGUUAUAUACCCUUUGUUGGCAAUGACAGAGGUCAAACGUUUUCUGUAAGUCUUCACACACGGUUGCUGGUAUUUUGGCCCAUUCCUCCAUGCAGAUCUCCUCUAGAGCAGUGAUGUUUUGGGGCUGUUGCUGGGCAACACGGACUUUCAACUCCCUCCAAAGAUUUUCUAUGGGGUUGAGAUCUGGAGACUGGCUAGGCCACUCCAGGACCUUGAAAUGCUUCUUACGCAGCCACUCCUUCGUUGCCCGGGCGGUGUGUUUGGGAUCAUUGUCACGCUGAAAGAACCAGCCACGUUUCAUCUUCAAUGCCCUUGCUGAUGGAAGGAGGUUUUCACUCAAAAUCUCACGAUACAUGGCCCCAUUCAUUCUUUCCUUUACACGGAUCAGUCGUCCUGGUCCCUUUGCAGAAAAACAGCCCCAACGCAUUUUGUUUCCACCCCCAUGCUUCACAGUAGGUAUGGUGUUCUUUGGAUGCAACUCAGCAUUCUUUGUCCUCCAAACACGGCGAGUUGAGUUUUUACCAAAAAGUUAUAUUUUGGUUUCAUCUGACCAUAUGACAUUCUCCCAAUCUUCUUCUGGAUCAUCCAAAUGCUCUCUAGCAAACUUCAGACGGGCCUGGACAUGUACUGGCUUAAGCAGGGGGACAACGUCUGGCACUGCAGGAUUUGCGUCCCUGGCAGCGUAGUGUGUUACUGAUGGUAGGCUUGGUUACUUUGGUCCCAGCUCUCUGCAGGUCAUUCACUAGGUCCCCCCGUGUGGUUCUGGGAUUUUUGCUCACCGUUCUUGUGAUCAUUUUGACCCCACGGGGUGAGAUCUUGCAUGGAGCCCCAGAUCGAGGGAGAUUAUCAGUGGUCUUGUAUGUCUUCCAUUUCCUAAUAAUUGCUCCCACAGUUGAUUUCUUCAAACCAAGCUGCUUACCUAUUGCAGAUUCAGUCUUCCCAGCCUGGUGCAGGUCUACAAUUUUGUUUUUGGUGUCCUUUGACAGUUAUUUGGUCUUGGCCAUAGUGGAGUUUGGAGUGUGACUGUUUGAGGUUGUGAACAGGUGUUUUUUAUACUGAUAACAUGUUCAAACAGGUGCCAUUAAUACAGGUAACGAGUGGAGGACAGAGGAGCCUCUUAAAGAAGAGAGCCAGAAAUCUUGCUUGUUUGUAGGUGACCAAAUACUUAUUUUCCACCAUAAUUUGCAAAUUAAUUCAUUAAAAAUCCUACAAUAUGAUUUUCUGGAUUUUUUUUCUCAUUUUGUCUGUCAUAGUUGAAGUGUACCAUUGAUGAAAAUUACAGGCCUCUCAUCUUUUUAAGUGGGAGAACUUGCACAAUUGGUGGCUGACUAAAUACUUUUUUGCCCCACUGUAUGUGCACACACACACACACCUAUUUGAACUACAUCUGAGUUAGUUUGACCUCUUAAUACUGAGGCAGGGUAUCCCUGACCCAGAUUAGGUUUACUGCAUUAUCGCCAUUGAAAUAGUCCAGGUGCAGCCUAAAUCUGGGGCUGGGAAAGUAGCCUCAAUGGUUUUUACAGGAGAUUACACACACACACACACUGGUGUUUACAGCAUAAAUGGACCAAUCACAGCAGAGACAUGAAGACAUUCCUCCUGUUUAGUGGUUUGACCUGGAUGUAGAACCUUUGGCUGGUUUUACACGUUGCGCAACUUCUCUCUUCACACCAACGCAGGACGUGAUAUGGUAUUUGUCACCCCCCCAAACGAAUAAACCAUUUUUUCUUCA